AUGCCGCUCUGCAAUUACGUACUCCAACUCAAGAAGAAGAACCAGAAGUUGCGCGCAAACAUCGAGACGCACAAGAACAACAUCAAGGCCAUUAAAGACGGCAUGCCCAACAAGAAGACCCCCAACAAGAUGCUUCAAAAGGUGAAGGAACUCGCCAACUGCGUCGAGCGCCAGAAUGCUCGCAAGGUAAACACACAUCAGAAGUUGAUUACAACCAGUCUCGCUAACGAUCGGCAGUUAACCUCGCAAGCGAUGCUCGAGGUCCUAGAGAACGACGUCGAAGCCUGCGAUGUUGACUUCCAAGCCACUGCUGGUCCCCUGUGGACCGAGCUUGGAGAGCUGUGCAAGGCCGCAGAGAAGAACGACAAGGCUGCAACCGAGAUCGGUUUCAGACAGCUCUUCCUGAGAUUCCAGAGCUGGCAGUUAACCUACCGACUACGUCGACAACUGCCCCAACCUUUGGCGCAUCAAGUCAAGCGCAUUCGUAUCGACUACAGGGAAUUAUGGGCAGCAUUUAUUCAGCAGUCUUACUAA